UAGCGUGCGAAAGUUUACUCGGGUAAAGAGGAACUUUUUUAAAUAAUUGGUUGUAAUGGCUGAUUUUGCGGAUGAUUUAUUUGAUGUGUUUGAUGAAAAUGAUGCAAAUGCUGUUGAAGCAAUUCCAUCGGACGUAACGGAGAAACCAGCGAUUAAGAAUGUCGACACAGACGGUGGAGUUAAGCGCGAUUUAGAAGGUAAUGAAGAUGAUCCGGCUGUCAAAAGACAACGGACGGAAUCUAUAUUGGACGAUAUCAAUUUGGAAGGACUCAGUUCUCGUAUAACAGUACAUACUAUAGAGACGAUGGAGUCAUGUACACAUGAGGUUGCGUUGCCUCCUGAUCAUGAAUAUAUUCCUUUAGAAACCAUAUCAGCUAAGCCAGCAAGAGAGUAUAAAUUUGUAUUAGAUCCAUUUCAAAAGGAAGCAAUAUUGUGUAUUGAGAAUAAUCAGUCUGUUCUUGUUUCUGCGCAUACCUCUGCUGGGAAAACAGUAGUUGCCGAAUAUGCAAUAGCGUGUUCCUUAAAAGAAAAACAAAGAGUCAUAUAUACAACACCAAUAAAAGCAUUGAGCAAUCAAAAAUACAGGGAGUUUUAUGAAGAGUUUAAAGAUGUUGGGUUAGUAACAGGAGAUGUCACAAUUAAUCCAACAGCUAGUGUCCUCAUUAUGACAACUGAGAUUUUGAGAAAUAUGUUAUACAGGGGCUCCGAGGUGAUCCGAGAAGUCGGUUGGGUCAUUUUUGACGAAAUUCAUUAUAUGCGCGACAAAGAAAGAGGUGUUGUUUGGGAAGAAACCUUAAUUCUUUUGCCAGAUAAUGUACAUUAUGUGUUUUUGUCAGCAACUAUUCCAAAUGCUCGACAGUUUGCAGAAUGGGUAGCACAUUUGCAUCGACAACCAUGUCAUGUAGUUUAUACCGAUUAUAGACCAACUCCCUUGCAGCACUACAUAUUUCCAGUUGGUGGUGACGGUAUACAUUUGGUGGUUGAUGAAAUGGGCCAGUUUAAAGAAGAAAAUUUCAACAGAGCAAUGGCAUGUCUGCAGAAUAGCGAUGCUUCUAAAGGAGACACAAAAGGACGCCGAGGUGGUAUGCAUGGGACCAAUAAAGGUCAGACCAACAUCUUCAAAAUGGUCAAGAUGAUUAUGGAGAGGAACUUUGCUCCAGUAAUUAUUUUUAGUUUUUCAAAGAAAGAUUGCGAAGUUUAUGCAAUGCAAAUGGCGAAGCUGGAUUUGAAUACAAUAGAAGAGAAGAAACUAGUAGACGAAGUGUUCAAUAAUGCUAUGGAUGUUCUCAAUGAAGAAGACAGAAAGUUACCGCAAGUUGAAAAUGUUUUACCUUUACUGAGGCGAGGUAUUGGAAUUCAUCAUGGCGGACUAUUACCGAUUUUAAAAGAGACCAUAGAGAUCAUGUUCGGGGAAGGUUUGAUUAAGGCACUAUUUGCAACAGAGACGUUUGCAAUGGGCUUGAACAUGCCAGCCAGAACGGUGCUUUUCACAGCUCCUAGGAAGUUUGAUGGAAAAGACUUCAGGUGGAUUACGUCAGGAGAAUACAUUCAAAUGGCCGGUCGUGCUGGUCGAAGAGGAUUGGAUGAGAAAGGCAUCGUCAUCCUAAUGAUCGAUGAACAAGUCAGUCCCACUGUUGGGAAGGCGAUCGUUCAAGGGAAACCUGACCCCAUUAAUUCUGCGUUUCAUUUAACUUAUAAUAUGGUUCUUAAUCUUUUACGAGUAGAAGAGAUAAAUCCAGAAUACAUGCUGGAAAGAAGUUUUUACCAAUUCCAAAAUCAAGCUUCUAUUCCAGAACUGUAUAACAAGGUGAAAGAUUUGCAAUCUGCAUAUGACGCGAUACAAAUUGAGAAGUACAACCAAAUUUCCACGUAUCACGAUAUACGGGAACAACUUGAUCGAUUAGGUGUAGAGUUUAGGACAUUCUUGACGAAGCCAGAGUACCUGCUGCCAUUUUUGCAGCCUGGGAGAAUGGUGAAGGUAAAGAACGAUCAAGAUACGUUCGAUUGGGGGAUUAUAGUCAAUUUUAAGAAGAAAUCUCCGAAAAAUCCAGCCAAGGACAAAACCGUUAUAAUAGUAGACACUUUGCUUCACGUUUCCGCCAAGAAAGGCAGGGUCUACUCUACGGCAGGAUCUCCUAUACCUUGCCGAGAAGGAGAAGAAGGUGACGUCGAGGUCGUGCCAGUAUUGCACACGUUAAUUUAUCAAAUCAGUUCCUUGAGGGUGUACUACCCAAAGGAUUUAAGGCCCUCGGACAAUAGGAAAAGCGUCCUGAAAACUAUUCAAGAAGUAAAGAGGAGGUUUUCCGGUGAUCCGCCAUUGUUGAAUCCAAUCACGGACAUGCGUAUCGAGGAUCAAGCGUUUAAGGACGUCGUCAAACGAAUCGAGAUCCUGGAGGAACGAUUGUUCAACCAUCCAUUGCACAAAGAUCCUCGAGUCAACGAGUUGUACGAAGAAUUUGUACACAAGGAAGAAAUAGGAACGAAGUUGAAACAGGCAAAACUAGAGUUGAAGAGGGCUAAGUCGGUGUUACAAAUGGACGAGCUUAAAUGCCGAAAACGCGUACUUAGGAGAAUGGCGUAUUGCACGUCUGCAGACGUUAUAGAAUUGAAGGGAAGAGUCGCUUGCGAAUUAAACGGAGCUGAUGAAUUGCUCAUGACCGAAAUGAUUUUCAAUGGACUGUUCAACACGUUGAGUGUACCGCAAAUGGUCGCUUUAAUCAGCUGUUUCGUUUGCGAUGAGAAGUCCAAUGAAAUGCCAAAGAGCACAGAAGAGCUAAGCGGUCCGCUUAGGCAAAUGCAGGAUUUGGCACGCAGGAUAGCAAAGGUAUCUACGGACGCUCAUUUAGAGCUAGACGAAGAUUCCUACGUAGAGAAAUUUAAGCCCUUCCUGAUGGACGUUCUGUAUGCGUGGUGUAAAGGGGCGAGCUUUCUACAAAUCAACAAAAUGACUGAUAUAUUUGAAGGGUCCAUUAUAAGGUGUAUGCGCCGUUUAGAGGAAGUGCUUCGACAAUUAUGCCAAGCAGCUAAAAAUAUUGGAAAUACCGAUUUAGAAAAUAAAUUCAGCGAAGCUAUAAAACUAAUUAAAAGAGAUAUAGUCUUCGCAGCUUCGUUGUAUCUGUAAAAAGAAAUAAAUUUUCAUUUCUUCA